UUAAGAAGUAUAAGAUGUGAGUAUAUUUUAUUUGUGACUGUUAGUCCGACCCACAAUACUUAAUAUGUUACUCGUGUUACUUACGCUCUAUCUCAUAACAUCUGUCCCUUAAAGUGUGUAAAUUUGUUGAUAGCACUUUAUGGUCUGUUAAUAGUUAAUUUACCAACGUGGGUAACUUGCACUUCAGAUGACUUACAAGCCUUUACAUAUACGGAUAAACUGUGAAAUAAAUUUUUUUUCGGGCAAGGGAAUUCCCUCAGGAAUUAGAACAAUAGUUCUUCGAGGAAAUUCAAUCACUUCAAUCGAAGCCAUCUCUAACCUUAACUCUUUAGAAGAAUUGGAUCUUCGAGCAAACCAAUUUAGUGUAAUUGACAAGAGAAUGUUCAGUGGACCUAAAUCUUUGACCUUUCUAGAUCUUGGGUAUAAUAAUAUUACCUUUGUGGAAGAAAAUGCCUUUGCUAGCCUUGGUUCGUUGCAGAGCUUGCUUUUGGAUGGCAAUCAACUUGCUUUUCUUCAUAAAGGCAUGUUUAGAAAACUUACUUGCUUAACUUUUUUAAGCCUCCGAAACAAUGUUAUCCAUUUCGCGGAAACUAGUGCUUUCUCUGAUCUCUCUGCAUUGGAGCGUCUGGAUAUAAGCGAGAAUCAACUUACCCAAGUGGAACAAGGAACGUUCAAGGGCCUUGCUAAGCUGACCACUUUGCUUGUCAACGGAAAUAACCUGAGCAUAAUACCCCCUAGUGCCUUUGUAGAGUUGAAGAAUUUAAAAUUUAUAAAUUUAUGUGAUAACUACAUAACUGAAAUGGCCCCGCUUCUUUUCAUAAAUCUUUCGAUUUCCAGAAAUUGUCAUAUUUAA